AGUCAGGUAGUCAGGUAUUCGACGGUGCGACGACUGGACGUUGGAAAAAUUUGGCUUGCGUGUAAACGCACUUUGGCCCACGGCCUAAAUCAAUCACGAGACCAUUUUGGAAAUCGACGAGCAAUUUUCGAUUGGCAAUUUCGUUAUGUGCUCAGUAUUGCCUGCGUUACUCGCGGGAAAAGAUUAAAUUUGUGGAGCAAAGGGAAAAGUGUCGAGUGUGAAGAAACUCGAGAAAGUUGCGCACACCGCGAGAAACGAUUCGACGAAUAAGCAAGAAAUCAAAAAUAAUAUUCGUUUAUCACAUAUAUUUUUGUUAAAUUUGUUCCGUCGAGUAACAAACGUAACUAACUCGUCGAUCGCGUUUACAUCGUCGAAUCAGAGUGGCUGGGACGUUCUCGAGGGACAAUUAUUCCGAAGUCCGAAGUUCUCGUAAUUGUCGAAGGAAUUGAUCAACUCGUAGUAGACAUUGACGUCCGUGAAGAGGAUAUUCCAUUGUUUACGUUUUACUUUCGAGAAUCGAAGGAUCGUCCGCGGCGAGUAAAUAAAAAUAUAGUAAUAAGCCCAGCCUGAUCACUCGGUUCGCAAGCAAUAGUCCACCUUCACGCAAUCUCGGUCUUCAAACCACAUUCUGUGCAACCAGAACCAGGACCAGUUUCACAUAUAUCAACAUCUAACUGAGCCAAGUGCAUAUAUCUAUAUACGGAUGUUCUACCGUUAUAAAGGGAUCUUCUAACUGGAUGUGCCUCUGUCCAGUAUUUGCAACACGACGGCUGAAAAAGCAUAACUUCAAGGACAAUGUUCUUGAUUGCUCCUCGAUAAUCAUACUCUUCCAGAUUGAAAAUCAUAGUUGAAAUUGGAAUCACGCAGAAUGGCGAUGGAAAAUGCGGUCAUGGUGCGGAAUGCGAAGAAAGGAUACGGCGCUGGAGUCACUAUUUUAGAUGGCUUGAACAUAAACGUCCCUAGAGGCUGCAUAUACAGUUUAUUGGGAGCUAGUGGCUGUGGAAAAACCACUUUGCUCUCGUGCGUGGUUGGCGUGCGAAAAUUGGACAGCGGUGACAUUUGGGUGCUCGGUGGCAAGCCAGGUACCAAAGAAUGCGGAAUUCCAGGGCCUCGCAUCGGUUACAUGCCGCAGGACGUUUCUCUGAUCGACGAAUUUUCCCUGUUUGACGCGCUUUACUUCUUUGGAAGAAUCAGUGGCAUGGAAAAAUACGAAAUCGAGGAAAGGUAUAUGGAACUGAAGGACUUGCUUCAACUACCACCCAGAAAUCGUUUGGUGAAGAAUAUGAGCGGUGGCCAACAGAGGAGAGUAUCGUUUGCAGCGGCUCUGCUUCAGAGGCCUGAACUGUUGAUACUCGAUGAACCCACUGUCGGUUUGGAUCCAGUUUUAAGGGACAAAUUGGAUUGCUAAGGAGUGGUCAGUUACUGGCUGAAUCAUCGCCGAACGAGUUAUUGACUCGAUUUCACACCGACUCUUUGGAGGAAGCUUUUUUAAGUUUGAGCCAGCAACAACAAGAGCAGAGUCUACAAGAAAAUAUCAAUCCGAUCUGUAGCUCCUCCGGAGGAAUCAGUCCUAUUUAUAAUUCGCAGGGGAUUCUUAUUUUCAAUUGUCUUGCCGUUCUUACAAGUGACGCUAUUCUUUAAUACGAUCGGUCCGGAGCCGAAAGAUCUGAAACUGUACAUAGUGAACGACGAGGCUGGCAAAUGUCACGGGCAGAAGUAUUUGGGAAACAUUACGUACUAUAAGGAAGAUCGGACAUGCAAAUUCAUCGAUCUCAGCUGCAGGUUCAUAGCUGGAAUAGACGAGAAAGUUUUGAAAAAGAAAUUCUACGAUAAUUACACGCAGGCGAAAAACAGGUUGGACGACAAGCACAACGCCGUUGGAAUAAUGCAUUUCAGAAAGAAUUUUUCACUCGCCAUGGAGGAGAAGAUAGAAAACAUGGUUAGGAUGUCUGACGAUGAUCUUACUUCGGCGGCUGCGAUCUACGUAACGCUGCACACACCAAGUAUGUGAUAACAAUAUAAUGAUCAUCGCGGAUGUUUAUGCGCAAAAAUACAUAUAACGUGUAUAAUAUGAAAUAUAAUAUUAAUAUAUGAUGACAUGAAACAGUAUUUUAAACGUGUGUUGUAAUAUAAAUUAAAUUAUAAAUAACUUUAUCACCCGUACAGACUUCGUACAAUUCAAGUAAUACUAUAACGAGUUAACUAUUCCAAGAAACAGAAAGUCUGCAGUCUAAUUAUAAAAUUAAUAUUGUUCCGUGUGAUCAUCUUCCCAUGGUUUUGAUCGACGUUUCAGACAGGGAGAUCGCCUUAUUUGCAACACAAAAAUUGUACAAGAUGUUCAACGAUGACUUUGAAAAAAUUGUAGAAGAAUGCGGAGUGAAUAAAAAAUACGCGCAUUUGCCGAUAAAGAUUGCUGUUUUUCUUGCCAACGUCUGUUUCUUCAAGUACAAUUAUCACCGAUCGCGAUUCUGGCAUAUGGAAUAGAAUCUUAGUUCAAGGUGAGGUUUUAAAUUUAUCAUAA